AUGAACCACCAACUUUUUAUCACCUUGGCCAUACUCUCGAUCAUCACCUCUUUAGCAGCGCAAGACUGGAACUCACCCCAAUUGAAAUCGUUUUCAUCUGCUCAACAGGAGUGUGCUGUCUACCUUCUGCUAUCCAACGAAACAGUGCAACAGUGUGAAGUGAAUGGAUACCCCGAUGAUUUCAAUUGUCGUAAGCUAGUCAACUGUAUCCUUGUGCAGAUAUACGCUUAUGACGAACGGAUCGGUAUCAGGGACAACGUGAUCACAAAUUUUUUCGAACCUCCAAAAUCGUGCAGUGAUUAUGUUAGUCGUACUCAGGAAUGUCUGCAGACCACCGUGCCGAAACAAUGCGGAGGACAACCGUUUGAGAGAGCCUAUCUUUCGUUCCAGUGCUACUACCGCAACUAUGGAGUUCUGUUGAAGGAUGCCGUUCGCUUCCUUCCGUAUGAUCCUUCAAGUCCGAAAUACUCAGUCAAACAAAUCGUGGAAUCCUUUUCCAUUGCGAACACAUCUUGCAAAGCCAUUCGAAAUCUCAGCGAGGGACGAGGAUUCACUGUUGAAAAUGUGGCGGAUGCGUUGUAUGCUUUCGGCAUCCGAAAUGGAUUCUACGAUCUUCAGCAUGGUCUGUACGUCGAUCGCCUGUACACGCAAGUCGGCGUACCAAAUUUGCUUUCCGAAGCCACCCGCCAAUGUUUGGCUUGUGUCUCGCAGCAGUACAAUACGGAGCCGCUUAGAAUUACCCAGUUGGUUUUGCAGUGCGUUGAGAAAGACAUAGCGACACAGUUGUGGUUCACGCAAACUGCACAGGCAAUUUUGGCAUCGAAUAACUCGUACUGUAAUGUAUGCGAACCAUUGCGCUCGUGCGUUGAUCCAACUCCCAGCACUCAGUGUGGGGUGUCACUGGUGACAACGCCUAAGAAUCCAUAUCCAUCGAUAUAA